AGUGUGUCAUUGGUGAAGUGUCCGUAGUUCAGAGAAUAAUGCCCCUGGCCUCUACUACAGAAGGUAGUUCACAAUCAUCCAAUGGCAACCAUUCAUUUAACCUUGACGACUCCCCAAUGCCUGAGGAGUGGAAAGAAAGAAUUAGAGAGAGGUUGAACUCCAUUCCUGAGGUGUUUGCACUGGAUGAGUUAUCGUUUGGCCAUACUGCCACUGUAAAACAUCACAUCCGUCUGCAGGAUGAUACGCCCUUCAAAGAAAGAUCUAGGCCAAUACACCCCAGUGAUCGAGAAGCUGUUAGGCAACACCUCAGAGAACUCCUGGAUGCAGACAUUAUAAGAGAGUCUGAGAGUCCCCUUGCUUCCCCAGUGGUUGUUGUAAAAAAGAAGAAUGGAAAGAUUAGGCUGUGCAUUGAUUAUAGGAAGCUUAAUAGCCGCACUAUUAAAGAUGCCUACGCUCUUCCUAAUAUCGAGGAGACAUUUUCAGCUCUUAGUGGUGCAAGGUGGUUCUCAGUGAUGGACUUAAAAUCUGGUUACUACCAGGUGGAAAUGGCAGAGGAAGAUAAGGCCAAAACUGCUUUCACGGUUCCCUUGGGCUUCUACGAAUUUAAUCGUAUGCCACAAGGAGUCACCAACGCACCUAGCACCUUCCAGCGUCUUAUGGAAAAGUGUGUUGGUGACGUCCACCUGAGCAAAGUUCUAGUGUUUUUAGACGAUGUCAUUGUCUUUUCCCAGACUCUCGAAGAGCAUGAGGCCAGGCUCAUGAAGGUGUUGAAUUGUUUAAAAAGCUAUGGCCUAAAAUUAUCCCCGGAGAAGUGUCAGUUUUUCAAAUCUUCCAUGAAAUACCUUGGCCAUGUUGUUGAUGCUCAAGGAGUCCACACAGAUCCGGAUAAGGUCUCCGCCCUGAAAGAUUGGCCUUGCCCUGCCAACAGGGAAGAGUUGAAGCGCUUCCUCGGUUUUGCGGGGUAUUACAGAAGAUUUGUUGAGGGCUACUCAAAGAUUGCCCGGCCUCUCAACACACUUACUGCUGGAUACUACCCACCUAGGAAGAGGGGUAAAACCUACAAAGCACCAAGGCCAAACCCUGGUAUCAGCCCCAGAACACCCUUCGGCGCCGAGUGGACACCCGACUGUGAGUCUUCUUUCAGGAUUCUUAUUGAAAAGUUGACAUCUGCUCCUGUACUGGCAUUUGCAAACCCCAAACUCCCAUAUGUGCUUCAUACGGAUGCUUGUUGUGAAGGACUGGGAGCAGCUCUUUACCAGGAACAGGACGGGAAGUUAAGAGUGAUCGCCUAUGCCAGCAGAGGGUUAUCCAAGAGUGAGAAGAACUACCCAACUCACAAGCUAGAGUUUCUAGCAUUAAAGUGGGCGGUCUGUGAAAAGUUUUGUGAUUACCUCUGUGGUACAGAUUUUACUGUCCUAACCGAUAACAACCCCCUUACUUAUGUCCUUUCAUCCGCCAAGCUUGAUGCAGCUGGACACCGCUGGCUAGCUGCUCUCUCGACCUUCCAGUUUAACAUCAAGUAUCGAGCAGGCAAUACCAAUGGUGAUGCAGAUGGGUUGUCACGGAGACCCCAGGCAGCUCCACAAGAGGAUCAUGAUUACCUGGAGGAAAAGGAACGGAUAAUGGCAAUGACAAAACGCCUUCUAGAGGGGGAGAUCCCAAAAGAUGCAGUCUCAGCUGUUUGUCAAUGGCAUUCAGUAACCACGUACUUACCUGUCCUUGCUGAAUCUCUUCUUCUUGAUGCUUUUUCCUUACCUGAACUAUUCACAGGCAAUGGGCAGAGCACCUUACCUGAAAUGACAAAGGAAAACUGGUACAAUGCACAAAGAAAUGAUCCAUCCAUCCAGAGAGUCAUUGGUCUAGUGGAACAAGGACAAAAGCCUCACUUCAAAGCUGUAGUGGCUGAGCCACCUGAAGUUAAGUUGCUCCUUCGAGAAUGGGAUAGGCUUGAGCUCAUUGAUGGUGUUAUUUACAGGAAAGGUUUUGACAGAGAGCUCGUUUGCAUGGACUACUUGUCCCUAGAGCCUGACAAUCGUGACAUCCAGAACAUAUUAGUCAUCACUGACCAUUUCACCCGGUUUGCAGUGGCUGUGCCCACGAAAGAUCAAAAGGCCAGAACAAUUGCUAAAGCUUUAUGGGAAAACUUCCUUAUCUACUAUGGGUUCCCAAGCCGUCUUCAUAGUGAUCAAGGACGCGACUUUGAAUCCCACACGAUCAAGGAGCUGUGUUCACUCAUUGGAGCAGACAAGGUGCGUACCACCCCGUACCAUCCCCAGGGGAAUCCUGUGGAACGCUUUAACAGGACCCUGAUCAGUAUGCUCGGAACUUUGGAGGAGAAGGACAAACAUCAUUGGCGAGAUUUUGUGAAGCCCGUUGUACAUGCGUACAAUUGUACGAGGAAUGAUUCGACAGGCUACUCACCGUACGAGCUGAUGUUCGGCAGGCAGCCGACUCUCCCAGUUGAUCUCAUCCUUGGCUUGAAACCUCCAACUGAGACCCAUACCACACACUCAGAUUAUGUCCAAAGCUUACGCCAGCGACUCAAAGAAAGCUAUGCACUGGCUGCAGAGAACUCCAGGAAGUCCGGUGAAAGGAACAAACUCAGAUUUGAUGCCAAAGUGAAAACGGCUGAGUUGGCAGAAGGAGAUCGUGUCUUAGUGAGAAAUGUCAACAUCCGAGGAAAACACAAGUUAGCUGAUAAAUGGGAAAGAACAAUUCAUGUUGUUGUGAGACGGAUUGAUGGUGGUCCUGUGUAUGUAGUCAAGCCUGAGACAGGAAGAGGCCCUCAGCGCACGCUUCACAGGGACUUACUAUUACCAUGUGGAUUUUUGCCAGUUGAGAUUACUCCUGACCCAAAGUCACAUCAAAGUAAACAACAUAAAAUGCAUUUACGAAGCCAACAUGAGACUCAGGAUACGGAUUGUGGUAAUUCAGAUGAAGAAUAUGGGGAAUAUGAGGAAUAUGAUAGCUAUGUGAGUAAGCCUUUACAGCCCUUGACAUGGGGACCUUAUGUGCAAGAGUUUGAAAAUUCAGUGGUCACAGACACAACAACAGUUCAAGGAUCAGACAAUGCUCAGAGUACCUACCUUGAAAUCUCUCAAAGUACCUCAGAGACUAAUGCUGGAGAGGAACCAAGUGAGCUCAGGCGUUCACUGAGAGAAAGGCAUCCUCCAUCCAAGUUCACCUAUGAAGAGUUGGGAAAACCUCUAAUCCUUGCCCUCAUUAAUGGGACCGUUAAGAAAGUUGUUAAAAUUCCCAGUGACCCAGAACAGCCCCAAGGCCGUGUACUUGUUGAAUACUCCUCUGAUCGCGCAAUCUCCAGACUUGACCCAGCACAGCUAGGUAACCUGCCCAGUCCCAAUAAUUCCGCAGUCACCUGGUGUGUCAGAACCAUUCGUGAACUUUGUCAAGAGGAACUUGGACGAGAAAUGGCUCAGAAAUGUUUAGCUGAAUUGAGCUCCCUUACAGGGAUCAGUAGAGCAGGGUUUUGGGAUGUACUCCAGAACGAGCUGCAAAGUGCACAGCAUGACCUUGCCCCUCCUCAAAGCCCAGACACUCAGCUAGAGACUUUUGAACAGCCUGUUUUUGCCUCUACCACUGAUAGUGAUGUAGAAAGUGGAAAACAGCCCAGCAAUGCUACAACGAAUGUCCCUGAUCCAGGUACCCGCAGCAUUCCACACACUGCUGCUCCAAGCAUUCCUGUUCUUGAUGAAGGUACAAUAAACCCACCUCACAUCCAAAAGGUCAUAGUUGAACAUUUCAUUCACAGUGAUUCCACACCUUCUAGCUACAGCCAAAGUAGAAUUCGCACAUUCUCUAGGCGGCUGCCAAAACCAAAUGGAGAGGUUGAUUAUGAUGCUUGGCGUACACAAGUGGAUCUACUUCUGAGUGACAUGUCCCUCUCUGAUUCACAGAAAGUAAGGAGAAUACUGGAGAGCCUCCUCAGCCCAGCUGCGGAUAUUGUCAAACCACUUGGAACAAAUGCAACUCCCCAAGCUUACCUCACUCAACUUGAGUCAGCCUUUGGAGAAGUAGAAGAUGGAGAGGAGCUUUUUGCGACUUUCCUGGGCUCUAACCAAAAUUCAGGUGAAAAGUCCUCAGUCUAUUUAAACCGCCUCCAAACCCUCAUUACAAAAGCCAUAUCUAGAGGGGGAGUUUCAGCUGCUGAGUCCGACAGGUACUUACUCCGACAGUUCUGUAGAGGGUGUUGGGACCAGAGCAUCAUCAUUGGUCUCCAGCUUGAGCACAGGAAAAGCAACCCCCCUACGUUCCCAGAGUUGCUUCUGCUUUUGAGGGCAGAGGAAGACAGGAGAGCAGCAAAAAUGGAUCGUAUGAAAAAGCACCUUGGAAGUUCAAGAGCCACUGCACACGUUCAUUCAGUCAUGAGUAUGCCAGUAAUUGAAAAUGAGCCCAUCCCUGCAACAGAAAGGAAACAUGAAACAAAUUUGAAACUUGAGAAAGAAGUAGCAGAGUUGAGGAAACAAGUUGCAAAGCUAUUAGAGCAAGGAAAGAAAGGGCAAAGACAUGAAGAGGUGCAGAGUCACCCAGCCCACAAUGAACAACCUGUUCAGAGUGAAAGUUUACUCGCUCAAGCUUCAAACAGAGACUCAAAUUCCCGAACACCAACACCACCCAAGCCUUGGUUCUGUUUUAAAUGUGGGGGUGAUGGGCACAUUGCAGCAAACUGCACUUUUGAGCCAAAUCCAAGCCUUGUCCAGGCUCCUGCUACGGGACGAUCAGGAGCUGGAGGCAGAGAGCAGAAAAGUCCCAUAGCAAUGAUACCCAAUGAACGGUCUUCUGAAAGCAAUGACGAUCCAAACUGCAGACUACCUCAUGGACUUGUGGGCCCACGGUGCACUUCAACUAUCUCAAAUGGAGACAUAAAUUGUGAAUCCAUUCUUGACACUGGGUCCCAAGUAACGACGAUUUCGGAGGCCUUCCACUCCAAAUACUUGUCAAACUUACCUAUUCAUUCAAUACACAACCUUCUUGAGGUGGAAGGCGCUGGAGGUCAAGCAGUACCAUACCUUGGGUAUGUAGAAGCCCACUUAACAUUCCCAGAAGAUGUUACUGGAACAGAGGAACAAAGGCCUGUUUUAGCACUCAUUGUCCCUGAAUAUGAGUUCAAUAGCAAAGUCCCAGUGCUGAUUGGUACAAAUGUUUUACUCAAGCUGUACCAGCGUGGUGUCAGUCAUGACAAGUCUAAAUUUCUCAAAAGAUCCGACAGUUUUGCAGCACUGCUCCAGCAUGUAGCUCGGGUGCACAAAACUGAAACCAAAGCUUGCCCUGUAAAGCUGCAUGGAGAAAGGUCCAUAACCAAUCCGGCCAGACAGAAAAUCUGCCUUUUGGGAGAUGUUAGGGUGGGGAAAGCCAAUCUCAACACCAACUUUGUUGUCGAACCUCCUGAGUCUUCCUUCUUGCCAGGUGAUCUGUUCGUUCAGAGUGCACUGAUUAACAUUAACACAAGAGCCUCAAAUAAGAUUCCCGUUGUCCUCAGUAACACUACAGAUCACAAUGUCACCCUGCCCCUAAAGUGUGUCAUUGGUGAAGUGUCCGUAGUUCAGAGAAUAAUGCCCCUGGCCUCUACUACAGAAGGUAGUUCACAAUCAUCCAAUGGCAACCAUUCAUUUAACCUUGACGACUCCCCAAUGCCUGAGGAGUGGAAAGAAAGAAUUAGAGAGAGGUUGAACUCCAUUCCUGAGGUGUUUGCACUGGAUGAGUUAUCGUUUGGCCAUACUGCCACUGUAAAACAUCACAUCCGUCUGCAGGAUGAUACGCCCUUCAAAGAAAGAUCUAGGCCAAUACACCCCAGUGAUCGAGAAGCUGUUAGGCAACACCUCAGAGAACUCCUGGAUGCAGACAUUAUAAGAGAGUCUGAGAGUCCCCUUGCUUCCCCAGUGGUUGUUGUAAAAAAGAAGAAUGGAAAGAUUAGGCUGUGCAUUGAUUAUAGGAAGCUUAAUAGCCGCACUAUUAAAGAUGCCUACGCUCUUCCUAAUAUCGAGGAGACAUUUUCAGCUCUUAGUGGUGCAAGGUGGUUCUCAGUGAUGGACUUAAAAUCUGGUUACUACCAGGUGGAAAUGGCAGAGGAAGAUAAGGCCAAAACUGCUUUCACGUGUUCCUUGGGCUUCUACGAAUUUAAUCGUAUGCCACAAGGAGUCACCAACGCACCUAGCACCUUCCAGCGUCUUAUGGAAAAGUGUGUUGGUGACGUCCACCUGAGCAAAGUUCUAGUGUUUUUAGACGAUGUCAUUGUCUUUUCCCAGACUCUCGAAGAGCAUGAGGCCAGGCUCAUGAAGGUGUUGAAUUGUUUAAAAAGCUAUGGCCUAAAAUUAUCCCCGGAGAAGUGUCAGUUUUUCAAAUCUUCCAUGAAAUACCUUGGCCAUGUUGUUGAUGCUCAAGGAGUCCACACAGAUCCGGAUAAGGUCUCCGCCCUGAAAGAUUGGCCUUGCCCUGCCAACAGGGAAGAGUUGAAGCGCUUCCUCGGUUUUGCGGGGUAUUACAGAAGAUUUGUUGAGGGCUACUCAAAGAUUGCCCGGCCUCUCAACACACUUACUGCUGGAUACUACCCACCUAGGAAGAGGGGUAAAACCUACAAAGCACCAAGGCUAAACCCUGGUAUCAGCCCCAGAACACCCUUCGGUGCCGAGUGGACACCCGAGUGUGAGUCUUCUUUCAGGAUUCUUAUUGAAAAGUUGACAUCUGCUCCUGUACUGGCAUUUGCAAACCCCAAACUCCCAUAUGUCCUUCAUACAGAUGGUUGUUGUGAAGGACUGGGAGCAGCUCUUUACCAGGAACAGGACGGGAAGUUAAGAGUGAUUGCCUAUGCCAGCAGAGGGUUAUCCAAGAGUGAGAAGAACUACCCAACUCACAAGCUAGAGUUUCUAGCAUUAAAGUGGGCGGUCUGUGAAAAGUUUUGUGAUUACCUCUGUGGUACAGAUUUUACUGUCCUAACCGAUAACAACCCCCUUACUUAUGUCCUUUCAUCCGCCAAGCUUGAUGCAGCUGGACACCGCUGGCUAGCUGCUCUCUCGACCUUCCAGUUUAACAUCAAGUAUCGAGCAGGCAAUACCAAUGGUGAUGCAGAUGGGUUGUCACGGAGACCCCAGGCAGCUCCACAAGAGGAUCAUGAUUACCUGGAGGAAAAGGAACGGAUAAUGGCAAUGACAAAACGCCUUCUAGAGGGGGAGAUCCCAAAAGAUGCAGUCUCAGCUGUUUGUCAAUGGCAUUCAGUAACCACGUACUUACCUGUCCUUGCUGAAUCUCUUCUUCUUGAUGCUUUUUCCUUACCUGAACUAUUCACAGGCAAUGGGCAGAGCACCUUACCUGGAAUGACAAAGGAAAACUGGUACAAUGCACAAAGAAAUGAUCCAUCCAUCCAGAGAGUUAUUGGUCUAGUGGAACAAGGACAAAAGCCUCACUUCAAAGCUGUAGUGGCUGAGCCACCUGAAGUUAAGUUGCUCCUUCGAGAAUGGGAUAGGCUUGAGCUCAUUGAUGGUGUUCUUUUCAGGAAAGAUUUUGACAGAGGUGACAAAAUUCAUCAGCUGAUCUUACCUGAGAUGGCCAGAGCGCGUUUUCAGUCUUGCCCGUGCCAGAUGUUACUGGCCAAAGAUGAAAGAGUCAGUUGA